AUCGAAUUGCAUUUGGCGCCAUUGUUGAUUUACGAUGUCACUUCGAAAUAUUGUUCGAAAAACAGGUAUAAAUGUUUAUCGAUGUUUUCCUCAAUGUUUUGGCGUAAUAAAUGCAUUGUUAGGCAUAACUACGAUGGCCUGUUCUGAUUUUCCAAAGUCUCUCAAUGAAUUUGGAUAUGAUUUUGACGCAGAUGGAAAAUUAAAGAAAUUAAAUACAGAAACAGGUUUGUUAAUUAAUGAAGGUUUUGAAUUUAAUGUAAGCGAGAAUCCACAAUACAAUCAAAAACGUUAUGAAGCGUUAGGUGAAGUUAUUAAUGAAUAUGUAUAUAGUUUGUUGGAAAAAGAAGGUUUAAAUAGAUUGCCAUUACCGAAACAAAGUACUAUUUCAGAUAACAAAAAGUCUUUUAUAUUUGCAUCAAAUGAUGCUUUAGAAAAUGAAAAAAUAUUAAUUUUGAUUCAUGGUAGUGGCGUUGUCAGAGCUGGACAAUGGGCUAGACGUUUGAUUAUAAAUGAUAGCCUUUUUACCGGAACUCAAAUACCGUAUAUUAGAAAAGCUAAAGAUUUGGGUUAUGGAUUGUUUGUAUUGAAUACCAACGAUAACUUCAGAUUAAUUAAAGGAAAACCAAGUAAAAUUAAGGGUAGUGGAGAUCCUCAUGAACAUUUGAAAACAGUAUGGAAUGACUAUAUCGGACCAUCAAAUUCUAAAUAUGUUGCUAUAGUGGCACACAGUUACGGUGGAGAAUGCAUAGUCAAAUUUGCAAUGGAUCAUGUUGAGGAAUUUAAAAGAAAGGUUUUUGCUGUUGGCUUAACAGAUUCCGUACAUAUUGCACGAUCCAAAGGAUUCGAACAUGUAGUGAAGAUAUCGAAAAACUGGGUAUGUUCGGAUAAGCCUUUGGAUACACCUGUACUUUGUCCGAGUGGAGAUAUAGAGCGAGUUUCUGCUGGUCAUACCGUUCAUGAGAUGUCAUCAUCUUCUUGCAUCGAUUCUCUCUUUCGUUUUAUAGAAGACCGUUAUAGAAGUAUACAUGAUACUGCAAAGGCUUGAGGAAAGAGGACUUAUUUUUUAAAGGCAUAGUUAUAAAUUGUAUUAUUAUUUAUUAUACUACGUCAUAAUUUUAGUUUAUUUCUAUCGCUAUUAGUUUACAAAAUUUUGUAUUUCAUGGAUUAAAAA